CACGUUCCUCCACCUGACAGCAGCAACGUCCCGGUGCACAUCGAUACACUCCGCGUCCUGGACGGGGAUGGAGUGGCACCGAGCCUGGUUGCUAGCCAACUAGACUUUCUACAAACCUAAAAGCAAAGUCUCUCAGCCUGCAAAGAUGGUAUCCUGGAUUAUUUCGAGGAUAGUUGUCCUUGCCUUCGGGACGCUCUACCCGGCGUACUCCUCAUACAAGGCUGUCAAAACGAAGAACGUGAAGGAAUAUGUGAAGUGGAUGAUGUACUGGAUAGUAUUUGCAUUAUUUACUACAGCAGAAACAGCCACAGACUUGCUUCUGUCAUGGUUUCCUUUUUACUUUGAGCUAAAAAUUGCCUUUGUGAUCUGGCUCCUGUCCCCGUACACUAAAGGCUCCAGCGUCCUGUACCGCAAGUUUGUCCACCCAACGCUGUCCAACAAAGAGAAGGAAAUCGAUGAGUACAUCACUCAGGCUAAAGACAGGAGUUAUGAGACCAUGAUGAGGUUUGGAAAACGAGGUCUCAACCUCGCUGCCAACGCUGCCGUCACUGCAGCCACCAAGGGGCAGGGCGUGCUGUCGGACAAGCUGCGGAGUUUCAGCAUGCAGGAUCUGACUCUCAUCAACACGGAGGAUGAGCUGGAUCUGCACACGUCAGAGGUUCGGGUGAGACGAGACCCCACGGACGAGAUGAGCUGUGGGGCCAGCACGCUGCCCCGGGCGAAGAGCGUCACCACACGACAGACCCGCUCUGUGGCCGCUGCAGCUCUAGUCGACGACGCCUCGUCCCAGCACAGCUCCGACCAGUCGGACACGAGGACUGAACACUCCGACGACGAUCUGGGGGACAAAGCACCCAAACGCAGCACCGGCACAAAGGCCGCAAAGAAACCUGCGGCUGUGAAGACGGAGACCCAAACCAAGACUGUAAAGAAGCCCGUUAAGAAAAAGACCACCUCUAAUAACGCAGAGACCCCUCCCUGAGUCCCGCUGCACUCCAGCCUCCA